CCGGCCCGAGCAUGCGGCCCCCGGCCCCGCCGCCGCCGCCGCCGCUGCUGCUGCUGCUGCUGCUGCUGGCGCCGCUGCUGGGGGGCGGCCCGGGCGCCGCCGCGCUGCCUCCCGGCUGCAAGCACGACGGGCGGCCCCGAGGGAGCGGCCGGGCGGCGGGCGCGGCCGAGGGCGGCAAGGUGGUGUGCAGCAGCCUGGAGCUCGCGCGGGUCCUGCCCCCGGACUCGCUGCCCAACCGCACCGUCACGCUGAUUCUGAGUAACAAUAAGAUAUCCGAAUUGAAGAAUGGCUCGUUUUCUGGAUUAAAUCUCCUUGAAAGAUUGGAUCUCCGAAACAAUCUUAUUAGUAGUAUAGAUCCAGGUGCCUUUUGGGGACUGUCAUCGCUAAAAAGAUUGGAUCUAACAAAUAACCGAAUAGGAUGCCUCAACGCAGACAUAUUCCGAGGACUCACCAAUCUGGUUCGACUAAACCUUUCCGGGAAUUUAUUUUCUUCAUUAUCUCAAGGAACUUUUGAUUAUCUUGGCUCAUUACGGUUUUUGGAAUUUCAGACUGAGUAUCUUCUGUGCGAUUGUAACAUAUUAUGGAUGCAUCGUUGGGUCAAGGAGAGGAACAUCACCGUUCGGGACACGCGCUGUGUUUACCCUAAGUCUCUGCAGGCCCAGCCUGUCACAGGGGUGAGGCAGGAGCUGUUAACGUGCGAUCCUCCCCUUGAAUUACCAUCUUUCUACAUGACUCCAUCUCAUCGCCAAGUCGUGUUCGAAGGAGACAGCCUUCCCUUCCAGUGCAUGGCUUCAUAUAUUGAUCAGGACAUGCAAGUGUUAUGGUACCAGGAUGGGCGGAUAGUUGAAACUGACGAAUCGCAAGGUAUCUUUGUUGAAAAGAACAUGAUUCACAACUGCUCCUUGAUUGCCAGUGCCCUAACCAUUUCUAAUAUUCAGGCUGGAUCAACUGGGAAUUGGGGCUGUCAUGUCCAGACCAAACGUGGGAACAACACAAGAACUGUGGACAUUGUGGUGUUAGAAAGCUCCGCUCAGUACUGCCCGCCGGAGAGGGUGGUGAACAACAAAGGGGAUUUCAGGUGGCCCCGGACGCUGGCGGGCAUCACGGCGUAUCUACAGUGCACAAGGAACAGCCCCAGCAGUGGCAUCUACCCUGGCAACACACAGGACACCAGGAAGGCCUGGCGCCGCUGUGAUCGGGGUGGUUUUUGGGCUGAUGACAACUACUCUCGAUGUCAGUAUGCAAACGAUGUCACCCGGGUGCUUUAUAUGUUCAAUCAGAUGCCCCUAAAUCUCACCAAUGCGGUGGCCACAGCCCGGCAGCUGCUGGCUUACACAGUGGAGGCUGCCAACUUUUCUGACAAGAUGGAUGUUAUAUUUGUAGCUGAAAUGAUAGAAAAAUUUGGAAGAUUUACCAAAGAGGAGAAAUCAAAAGAGCUCGGUGACGUCAUGGUGGACAUUGCCAGUAACAUCAUGCUGGCUGACGAGCGUGUCCUGUGGCUGGCACAGAGGGAAGCGAAAGCUUGCAGUCGGAUCGUCCAGUGUCUCCAGCGCAUCGCCACCUACCGGCUGGCCAGUGGCGCGCACGUGUACUCCACAUACUCUCCCAACAUUGCCCUGGAAGCGUACGUCAUCAAGGCAGCUGGCUUCUCGGGGAUGACAUGCACCGUGUUCCAGAAGGUGGCUGCCUCGGAGCGCACGGGGCUCUCUGACUAUGGGAGGCGGGACCCGGACGGGGCCCUGGAUAAGCAGCUGAGCUUUAAGUGCAACGUCUCCAAUACAUUUUCAAGCCUGGCGCUCAAGAACACCGUCGUGGAGGCCUCCAUCCAGCUCCCGCCUUCCCUCUUCUCUCCCAAGCAGAAGCGGGAAGUCAGGCUCACCGACGACUCCCUCUACAAGCUGCAGCUCAUCGCCUUCCGCAACGGGAAGCUUUUCCCGGCCACCGGGAACUCGACCAAGCUGGCAGACGACGGCAAACGGCGGACGGUGGUCACGCCCGUCAUCCUCACCAAGAUAGAUGGCGUGAGCGGGGACGCCCAGCGCAUCCCUGUGGUCGUGACGCUGCGCCGGAUCGCGCACGGAGCAGACGCUGUGGCGGCCCACUGGGAUUUCGACUUGCUGAAUGGACAGGGUGGCUGGAAGUCCGACGGGUGCCACAUCCUCUACUCGGAUGAGAACAUCACCACCAUUCAGUGCCACUCCCUGAGUAACUACGCGGUUUUAAUGGAUUUGACGGGAUCCGAACUCUACACUCCAGUGGCCAGUCUGCUGCACCCCGUGGUCUACACCACGGCCAUCAUUCUUCUCCUGAGCCUCCUGGCGGUCAUCGUCAGCUACAUAUUCCAUCACAGUUUGAUCAGAAUCAGCCUCAAGGGCUGGCACAUGCUUGUGAACUUGUGUUUUCACAUUUUCCUGACCUGUGUGGUCUUUGUGGGAGGAGUCACCCAAACCAGAAACGCCAGCGUCUGCCAAGCGGUGGGAAUAAUUCUUCAUUAUUCCACCCUGGCCACGGUGCUGUGGGUGGGGGUGACCGCGCGCAACAUCUAUAAGCAAAUCACUAAAAAACCGAAACGCUGCCAGGACCCUGACGAGCUGCCCCCGCCCCCUCGGCCCAUGCUCAGGUUUUACCUGAUUGGGGGUGGCAUCCCCAUCAUAGUUUGCGGAAUAACAGCUGCAGCGAACAUCAAGAAUUACGGCAGCCGGCCCAGCGCACCCUAUUGCUGGAUGGCGUGGGAACCCUCCCUGGGAGCCUUCUACGGGCCAGCCAGCUUUAUCACGUUCAUCAACUGCAUGUACUUCCUGAGCAUAUUUAUUCAGUUGAAAAGACACCCAGAGCGCAGAUACGAGCUGAAGGAGCCCACGGAGGAGCAGCUGAGGCUGGCGGCCAACGAACACGGGGAAAUCCAUCCCCCGGACUCGCUGUCUCUGUCCCUGAUGUCCACGUCGGCGCUGGAGAACGAGCAUGCGUUCCAGGCACAGCUGCUGGGGGCCGGCCUGACCCUGGUCUUGUACGUCACCCUGUGGCUAUUCGGCGCCCUGGCCGUGGCCCUGUACUACCCGCUGGACCUGGUCUUCAGCUUCUUUUUCGGCGCCACGUGCCUGAGCCUCAGUGCCUUCCUCGUGGUCCACCACUGCGUCGGCCGGGAGGAUGUCAGGCUGGCGUGGAUCAUGACGUGCUGCCCGGGCCGCAGCUCAUACUCGGUGCAGGUCAACGUGCAGCCCCCGGCGGUGGCCGGGCCCAACGGGGAGGCCCCCAAGUGCCCCCACAGCAGCGCCGAGUCCUCGUGCACCAACAAGAGCGCAUCGAGCUUGAAAAACGCUUCCUCCUCGCAGUGCUGCAAGCUCACCAACCUGCAGGCGGCCGCGGCGCAGUGCCACGGCAACGCGCUGCCCGCCAGCGCCACGCCGCCGCAGCUGGACAACAGCCUUACCGAGCACUCGGUGGACAACGACAUCAAGAUGCACGUGGCGCCGCUGGACGUCCAGUUUCGGGCCAACGUGCACGCCGGCCGCCACCACAAGAACAGAAGCAAGGGGCACCGCGCCAGCCGGCUGACGGUGCUGCGGGAGUACGCCUACGACGUGCCCACCAGCGUGGACGGCAGCGUGCAGAACGGCGCGCCCAGGGGCCGGCCGGGCCCGGGCGAGGGCCACGCGCGGAGCCGCCGGGCCUACCUGGCCCACCGGGAGCGGCAGUACAACCCCCCGCACGCCGACAGCAGCGACGCGGCCAGCACCCUGCCCAAAAGCGCCAGGAACUUCGAGAAGCCCGUGGCCGGGAAGAGGGACCCCCCACGGAAGCCCACCGUGGUGGAACUCGAGAGCCAGCAGAAGUCGUACGGCCUCAACCUGGCCGUCCAGAACGGGCCUGUCCAAAGUGGGGGGCUAGACGGACCCUCCCCGGGCAGCCCGGGCAGCGGCCACGUGAGGACUGGGCUGUGGAAACACGAGACCACGGUGUAGCGGGGACGCCCCGGGAAGCCUCGCCGCGUUCCCGCAGGCCCCGAGCGCGUGACAGCAAACUGGUUGAAGCCACCUUAGGGGUGCGGAUUCUCAGUUGGGGAUUGUAUGCGUUUUCUAUCCUCGGCCGUGAUGGUUAUUUUAUUUUAUUUUAUUUGUCUAAAGAAUUUUUUUUUAAGCCUUUUUAAGCAUCGUUUUCCGUUGUCAAAACACCAGCAGGAGUUUGGGGAAUUUGAAAUCCGGUUUCUUGGAACCUGCACUAGCUACUCCACAUUGCGGGCUUGUAUUUAAUAAAAUAAAUAGAUGUUUGUCAUGG